GUGGCAGCCCUUGGCAAGUGAGACUAGUCACAUACUAAAAAAAUAUAUGUUAUUUGGUAGAAUUUACAUUUAAAAGCACAUAAAAAGGCUACCAUAAUGAUUGUUUCGCGUUUUUCCAAGCCACUUAACUUGGCACUUCAUCAACUUGCUCCCAACAGUGCCCGGAAGGAAAUCAAUGCAAUUCGACGAAUGUCUGGUGUUCAUUUCCGUAGUGGAGCCUUGAAACCAAAACCAGGAGAGAUGCCCUUUGGCUUGUUCGCCAUUCUCUGCGCUGUCAUACCUGGUCUAUUCGUGGGCGCCACCAUCAGCAAGAACGUGGCCAACUUUCUGGAGGAGAACGAUUUGUUUGUUCCCGCCGACGAUGAUGACGAUGAAGAUUAAUGGAUCAAUGGGACCAAUAAACGGAGCCAACUCUAGUCACGAAAUGAAUGAGACGAUAGCUUCUUGGGGUUGCUCCUUCUCCUUCUCGCUAAACCAAUCAAAGCCAAAACUUUAAUCAUCUAAUUUAAAAAACUUUGCAUUGUUAAUCUACCUUAAUUUUAAGAUGCUAGAAAUUGUUUCUUCUACAAAAA